AUGCGCGUAAGCAGAGCCAGCGCCAGAGCGGUGGAAGACGCACUCCGUGCUGGCAUCUCGGUCGAGGCGGCAAAGGCGGCAGGCGCUGCAGCGGAUGUCGCCAGCAACUUGGGCAUGGAUGAUGCCUGGUGCGCCAGCGAGGCGGAGGCGGCAGCCAAAGCAGCGCAGCAUGCAAUCACCAAAGGAAUUUGCUCCGCCGAGGCGGCGGAGAUUGCAAGUGAAGUAACAGCCCGGGCGCGAGCAACAGCAAAGCAGCUCGGGCGCAAUUCGGCGGCGGCGGCACAGGAGGGCGCUGCGGCAGCAAGAGCAGCAAAGGACGCUCUUGACGCAGGCCUUUCGCCUGAAGCAGCCAAGGCAGCAGGUGAAGCUGCCGCUUUGAAAGUGGCGCAAGUGAGGGCGCCUGAUGACGACGGAACGCUGCCUGCCAGCGCCACAAAGGCAGAGGGGCCGCGUUUCCGCGCUGGCAAGGUCGGUGGAGCUGAGCUGGAAUCGUCUGCUGCGGCCGGCGACGCAAGUGGAGCCAUGCCCGAAGCGGCAAGCAAGGCGGCGCCGGCAGUGUCGACGCCACGGCGCCUCGACGCACAGCUUAAAAGCUUGGGUGCAGCUCGCAGAACGGCAGCCGAGUCCGUGGCAGCCAGCACACCAGUUGAAGCUGUUGCGGGCGGAGGUGCCGGUGCCGGUGCCGGCGGGGGCGCGCCUGGAGAGGAGAACAAGGCGGCGCAGGCAGUGUCCACGCCGCGGCGUCUCGACGCGCAGCUGAAGAACCUGGGUGCGACUCGCAAGACGGUUGCGCAACCCUUUCCUGCUGGUGCACCGCUUGAAGUGGCUGCGAACGGAGUUGCAGCGGGCAGCACGGCCCGCGAUGCAGUCCAGCUGGAUCUGGCGGACGUGGACACCCAGGCGUUCCAGUGCCCGCGCUGCUCCCGCGUGCUGGGCAUGGACGCCAAGCGCUGCUCCAAGUGCGGCACCACCACCGACGGCGUUGAUAAGAUGGAAUCGGCGGCUCGGCUGUCGGCCGCCAAGGCGGAGGUAGCGUCUGCGGCGGAGCAGAAAGCGCUCGAGGCGGGCCUCUCGCCCGAGGCGGCCAAGGCGGCGGUCGAGGCGGCGAAGGAUGCGAUCCACAAGGGCAAGGCGCCGGAGGAGGCGGUGGCAGCGGCGGCCGGGAAGGCGAAGGUCGUACACGCCUCCGUGACGCGCGAGCUCGGUUCGCCGGAGGCGCAAGAGCAGCGUCUUUUCCAGUGCCCGCGCUGCUCCCGCGCGCUGGGCAUGAAUGCCAAGCGCUGUUCCAAGUGCGGCAGCACCACCUACGGCGUCGACAAGGCGGAGUCGGCGGCCCGGCUGUCGGCCGCCAAGGCGGAGGUAGUGGCUUCAGCAGAACGAAAGGCGCUGGACGCAGGCCUUCAUCCGGAGGCGGCCAAGGCGGCGGUUGACGCGGCGAAGGAUGCGAUUCACAAGGGUAAGACGCCGGAGGCGGCGGUGACGGCAGCGGUGGAGAUGGCACAGGCCGCGCACGACUCCCUGACGCGCGAGCUCGGUUCGCCUGAGGAACAGCUCUUCCAGUGCCCACGCUGCUCCCGCGCCCUAAACGUCGGAGCCAAGCGCUGCUCCAAGUGCGGCACCACCACCGACGGCGUCGACAAGGCGGAGUCGGCGGCUCGGCUGUCGGCCGCCAAGGCGGAGGUAGCGUCUGCGGUGGAGCAGAAAGCACUCGAGGCGGGCCUCUCGCCCGAGGCGGCCAAGGCGGCGGUCGAGGCGGCGAAGGAUGCGAUCCACAAGGGCAAAGCGCCGGAGGAGGCGGUGGCAGCGGCGGCCGGGAAGGCGAAGGUCGUACACGAUCUUGGGGAAGAAGCUUCCACGCUGCAGUCGAUGAAGAAGAAGGCGAGCGAUCUUUACUCGAGCGCCAAAGAAGCGGCGAGCAGCAAGUUGGGCGGCUUCAAGGCCGCGGUAAAUGAGCUGGCUGAAGGGGACACACCAGUCGUCCAGGGCGAGGCCUUCCGCUGCCCGCGCUGCUCCCGCGCGCUGGGCAUGGACGCCAAGCGCUGCUCCAAGUGCGGCACCACCACCGACGGCGUCGAUAAGGCGGAGUCGGCGGCAGUGCUAUCAGCCGCCAAGGCAGAGGCAGCGUCGGCGGCGGAGCAGAAGGCGCUUGACGCUGGGCGCUCCAGUUGUACUGGCCGCUCGUGA